GCUCCACACAAGAGUUGGGGAAGUUCUGAUGAAUCCACACCUAGUUCAGAAGAUGAGAGUGAGCAAAUUGGUUCUCAUAGUCCAAGAAGAGGUCAGCCUGAAGAUGACCAUGGAGAAGCUAGCCUCAAGAGUGAGAUUCAACGCAGGUUGAGAACAGCAUUCACCUCCCAGCAAGUCUGCAAACUUGAGGAGCUGUUCAGGAAACAGAGAUACCUGGGAGCCUCUGAGAGAAAGAAAUUGGCAAGUUCUUUACAGCUGUCAGAAAUGCAGGUUAAAACGUGGUUUCAGAACCGGAGGAUGAAACUGAAAAGGCAGAUGCGAGACCAGCAACAUUGUAUGACUGCCUCAUCUGGCUACUAUCCUCACCCUAUGCCGUUUUAUCAUGGACCUCCAGUAAAUUUAAGUUUUUACCAAAACCCGGAUUACCAAACCCCAGAAUCAUCAUACACCACUGAUCCAAGAUUUCUACCCACACCAGUGUCUUCUCAAACUGUUAUGAACAAAGCCCCAUAUUAUCCAUAUUACAACAAUCUUCAUAUGUGA